CCGGAAACAAAUUAAUGACGCUCCUCACUCAUCAUGGCGCGGCACCUUCGCUUCGUAGCUCGGACGGUGAUGGUCCCAGAUGGCAAUGUCGAUUCCGCGUACAAGACCUUGAACAGAAUCCUAACCCAGGAUGGGAUCGUCGACGCAGUGAAGCGCAGACGCUACUUCGAGAAGCCCUGCCGAGAGCGACAGCGGAAAAACUUUGAGAACUGCAAGCGCAUUUACCACAUGGAAAUGGCACGAAAGAUUGCGUUUAUCUCCAGGACAAACAGAGAGGAUCCCUGGCUCGGUUGCUAAGGAGAUUGAACGUGUUGAAAAAGGACAUUCAAACAUCCGAGGGUGACAGGAGAAUCGCUACACAAACACAAGCUAUGAGUUACAUCUGACAGGAAAGGUCAAAAGUAAAUUUCUGCAACUUUCUUGUUUCAUCCAAGCUGUGAAAUAUGAGCAUUUAUCCACACUCAGUAAUCUCUGGUGUUACCAGGUUGUGGUGGUUUUCUCCCCUGCAGCCAGAGGAAGACCACCAAGAUGUGAUACUAUCUCAUCUCCUUUCAUUUUGUUCAUCUGUCAUCUAAAGUUGUAUUUAAUAAAAUAACUCUCUGAGA